GUUGGCUCUCUCAAUAGACAACCAAACCACUUUAGCGAGUGGUCUUUAACGAAGUCUUAUAUUUAUGGAUUUUAUGCAUUGGAAUCGACCUGGCAGUAUUAUGCUUUCGUGUUGACUUAAACUUGAAAGUCAAAAAAAUAUUCUUCUAUAAUGAACACUCAUGACAUUGUAGAUGAUUGCAUUGAUGAGAGAAUUCACUAGGUGAAAUUUAGAAGUAAAAGAUUUGACGGAAUAUGGUCAUAAUGCUGACAGGGUGCUCGAUCUGGUCAACUUCGAACUGAAUGAAGGACAGGAUGUCAGAAGUGAAGCUGUAGAUUCAAUUAGGUGUCAUUAGACAGAACACAAUGGAGCCAUUGACUACGAGCAUUUUGGCAACUUGGUUGCGGGUCUUGAUGAGCGUUUUAAGGGCUGUGUUCCGGACGCCAACGCGGUUGACAACUCGAUGUUGCAGGGCACGGAUGAUCCGAGCGUACAGGUUGGCGUUAACCACGAGGCAGAUAGAGAACAGCACGAGGUCUAUCAGGGCAUAGGCGAACCUCGCCUGGUUAGAAGUGGGGUUACAGGUUGCCAUAAGCUUUGGGAGAUCAGCGAAGGUGGUGUUGUUUGGCCAUCGGUUACAGGUGAGGGUGAAGACAUGGUAAGUGUACCCUGGGAUAGCUGCCACACCGCGAACAGCUAAGCCAUCAGGUGCUGUUUGAAUCUCCUCCAGCGACCCUUCGUCCUGGUAAACCGAAGGGGAUUGCAUACAGCAUUGUACUUCUCAAGCGAGACGACCGUGACCAGACAACAGGUAGCUACGUGUAAGAAAUCAGUGAAGAAAAACAUCGGAACGCAGCUAGAUGGACCGCUAGUUGGGACAUCAGUCUUAGGCGAAGUAAGAGAACAUCUGGCCACCGACAAAGGUAGUCAGGAAGGACAAGUCAGUAACUGCAGGCUGGGCCAGGUAGAAAUUAGUUGCGUUGCUCAUCCGUUGAACUCAGCAUGUCACAAAGAUGAACGCUAGGUUUGCAGCCAUGCCUGCAAUCAAAAGAACGGGCAUGGUGACGAUGAUGAAAAUGACUUCAGCGUCACUUCGAAGGAGCAAUGAUGCUUCCACCAUCAUCGGUACAAUUAAGCCAGCAUUUGACAGCGCCGUUGGUACACAUGUUGUCGUCAUGCAUAGCUACUUAAAAGCACAUGUCUGGCGACCUCAAGAGCUACCAUCCAUGCUAUCUCAUCUCUCGGCAUUUGAAAGAAUGCUGAUCACAACCUGAAGUCCGGCUUUUUUGACAAAUGUAAGGAUAAGACAUUCUUAAUUCUCAGCAAGACUGACUUACGUCCGACACUGUUAGCAGAAACUCUCAAAUGUACGUAAGCGGAAAAAAACCUGAUGCGCCGGUGUCAACAGCUGUCAUACUUUCUAAGUAUGCUUUGCUACCUUACUCCUUUCUGCAUCGCUGUUAAUCAAUUACAUUUGGUUUUACACUAAAGCAAUCGUCGAUGACCUUAAGCGCAGCAACCACAGUGCGCACGUCCACGCCAAGAGUGGAACUUACUCCCGCCGAAAACCAGAACCUCGGAGAGUUGUGUAUGCAACUGACGCUACGUGAAGAAACCAAGGAACUGGUGGUGGUUCUGAUGGAGGCCAAAGGACUCAAAGUGAGGGAGGGAGAUCCAUUAGGGCAACCACCAAGCCCUUACGUCAAUAUCUACCAGCUGCCUUAUAAAAGGGAAAGUCUCCGGUAUCGAUCACCAACGAUACCUGCAACGGCCACGCCAACAUGGAAUAAGACUUUCGUGUUUCCCAAUGUCUCCCAAGCAGAGAUAUCUGGAUUGUCAUUGGAAUUCACAGUCUGGGAUGAGCGGCCAGAUUGCAUGAAUUUAUUUCUAGGAGAGGUUCUGAUCGAUCUGCAAGACGAGUGCCUGAGCGGCAAACCCACCUGGUUCCCUCUAGCUGAACACGAUGAAAACAUUGGUAACCUGCCAUGUACAGUCCCACCAGGCGUGGUACUAGCACGGCUGCAACAGCAACAGCAACAGUAUAACCAGGCAAUGGAUAUCGGCUUGAUGGACGCUCCACAUUUACUGACCCCAUACCUGACAGCUGGGGCUAUGAGCCAUAAGGAGCUGGCACGAUGUCCCAGUGACUCAGUCAAGGAAUAUGGGCGUGGUCGCGAGGGGUUGAUGCCUUUAUCUCUGGAGGCAGCAUCACAGUUACAGAUCGAGGAUCGCUUCGACCGCCUACCGCUAGCCAGACACCGAUCGUGCCCCACCGCUGGUAGUAAUGCCUACAGCAAGGUGCCAGAUCUUCCACAGAUCAUAGUUGCCGGUCCAUCAGAAGACACCUGGCCAGAAAUGUUUAACGAGAGACGUAAGCGAAGUUCCUCCAGCUUUGGUAGUAGUAUCGCUGGAAGUAGCAUAGCGGGCAGCGACUGGGAGAGUUGUACCAGCUACAGUAGUGGUAGCCGGAACAGCAUGGAUUCCGAUUACCAUUUCAGGCUAUCGACGUGCUCUAUGCCAAGACCGGCACCAGACGGUGAAGACGGGAUAAUCACUGAGCCGGGUCCAGGACAAGUCCUCCUAGAAAACUUCAACGGUCGGCCUUGUGGAUUCCUCAAACUUGCUAUGGCAGUUAGCAAAGGAUCGCUGGAAGUGGAAAUCAUAUGCGCUACAGGUUUGCUGUUUCAUGGAGAACCAGAGACCUUAGACACCUACGUCAAGACGUACCUACUUGAGGGCGACAGGCAGUUGGUCAAACGAAAGACCAAGGUGAUACAUGCCACGUGUGAACCACACUUUGCUCAAACUCUGAAGUACUCGGCUUGUGAUAUUACAGGGAGGCGGCUUCAGGUCAUGCUGUGGCGCAAAACAAAGAUACGAGAGAGCAAUCAAUGCCUCGGGGAGGCUCGCAUUACCUUGGAUAUCCUGGAGGAGACAACUCACUCCACUGCUUGGUAUACUCUCUUUCCGUCUGGCGCCUACGAGAGCCUGAAGUCAUCGCAGAGUUUGGAGCUCCUGAAAUUCUGAGACUAGGAGCGAAUUACCUUAAAUCCUUCUCCUCUCUCACCUUGUCAUUAAGAGGCUACUACUUCUGUCUAGCUACAUGAACCCAUCUGACCCUUUUACGUCACGUGACACCGUCAAUGACAGUCUGCCUUUGUUGUACCGAGUAGCGUCAUGGAAAAGAAAACAAUCGUUUUGAACAAACAUGGUGUUUAAAACGUUUCGACACAUAAAUUACAGGGAUACUAUUUCAUAUUUGUAUUUUCUUCGUCAUGCAAAUACCUCCCAGUGCAGACAAACUCCGCUGGUGACACUUAAAACAAGAUGCAGGGGUUUAUCUCCACGGCAACGUCCAGACGGUUUUAUAACCUUAACCCUAAAAGAGCCGGGGGAUGGAACCCCCCCCCAUCUGUUCCAAUAUCGCGGCAGUGCAUUU